AUGCAACAUUCCAAAGGAGCAUGCGUUAAGAGUGGCGGGUGUCGUCGGAAACGAGCCAUCACAGCAGCACGCAGGGAACAGAACCGAGUGGCGCAGAAAGCGUACCGACAGAGGAUCAAAGAGGCUCGACAGAGCGCUGUCAAGAAACCUGUUAAGGGCACCCGUCGCCUUAGCGAGCUCAGACCAUGUGAACCCCACACGGGCAGGUCUUCACACGGCUUACUGGCCCAUGUCUUGGACCAAGGAUGCCGGCAGCGGCCAGAAUUUGCUAUCAUGGAGCAUGGUGUUCUUGACUGUAUGACGUCUCUGGCAUCCAAAAGUUCGAAUCCGGCAAACAAUAUCAACAAUCUCGGACUCGCAUCCAGACAAGUGACAGCAAAUCCUCCCAGUGUCACACUUUCUAUAUCAGACACUCUGGAGCUGGACUUGUUAACGUCGCGAUCGCCUGUGCUAUCUCCUUCCCGCUUAUUGCCGGCACCCAUUGAUUGGGCCAUGCCGUUACAUGGCCCCCAAAGUACAGAUCUAUUUCCCGUGGAAGUGUGUGGCAGUAACACCGAAAUUAUUCAAGACCCCUCGGAGACAUGGAAAACACUGCCAGAUCCCAUUACUAAAACUAUCCAGUUGGCCCCUGUCACGACAUUGACAGCCAUUAUUGACAAUGCACUGAGAUUACAUCUGGACUUGUCCAAAAUUCUCACCGCCGACUAUAUGUCCCCCUUCUACCGACCUGUUGCUCCCCAGGAUGACCCUCAGUUCUUGCCGGGGACCGCAUCCUACCCCUGGAUCCCUGCCGAUCUACAGCCGACGCUGGCCCAGAUCGUCUACCCUCACCAUCCCUUCCUCGACCUCAUUCCGUUCCCGCUGAUACGGGCGAGGGCCAUCAUGAUGGUGACCUUCAUGCCACACGCUUUCAACCUGGCCAACUUCAAAAACGAUAUCUUCACUAAUGGGGCGUUGGUAUGCCUCCCGACCAGUUCCAACAGGCAGCCGUGGGACAUGCGGAACUGGGAAGCCGCGCCUUGGUUUCUCAGGAAGUGGAAGAUGCUUGUGGACGGGGACGGCGGCGAGCUCUGGAAACAGAGCAGCUGGUGGUGGAGUAUGAGGGGACUUUCAGAGGAUUAG